AUGGAAAGCAGUGCUCAAAGGCCGCGUAGCCAUACACCAACUAAUGAUGCUACAACGAAUGAUAGUGUUUAUUCCGAUGACGUUCAAACGUCAUUUAAUGAAUUAAGUUCAUCGAUAUUAGAACGUUUAAAUGAAAAUUACAUACUAUCAUUUGAAGAGGUAAAAGAAAUGUACCUGACAAUAAUAAAUAAAAGAAACCAUAAAUUAACCGAUCAUAUGAUACGAACAACAACAAUAAAGAAUCAAUUGAAAUCAAGCUUAGGGGAUAAAAUAUCGUUUAUUGUAGAAACAAAACGAAAUGGAACGUA